AGGGCAAAGGGGGGACUGGUAGCACAGCCACAACAACACCUUUCCGUUUUCACCCUUCAAAACCCCCCAAUUCCAUUUCAUUAUCAGGUUUCCCUUAAAAACGAAAACGGGAAACGGAAAAGAGUUUUCGGUAACCGACGCUUUCAUCUUCAUCUUCAUCUUCAUCUUCAUCUUCAGCAGCAGCAGCAUUAGCAUCACUCUGAGCACAUCCUCUCUGGUACAUAUACUCCUUCUGAACUUUGGUUUUCAGUGAAAACAGAUCCAGAAAAGGGAAACGGUGGAAAACGAGAACGAAAGAGAGAGAGGGCAUUUUUGGGAAAAAGGAGUUCUCUCUCUCUCUCUCUUUCUCUCUUCUCGUUUGAGAUCGUUUUCAGGCGGAGAAGAGAGGAGGAGGAGGAGAUGGCGGAGAGGAAGAGCGGCGCGGUGUCCGAUGCCGGUGUUUGGGCCAUGAACAUCAUCAGCUCCGUCGGCAUCAUCAUGGCCAAUAAGCAGGUCAUGUCCCCCGCCGGCUAUGCUUUCUCUUUCGCCACAUUUUUAACUGGGCUGCAUUUCUUGGUUACUUCAUUGGUUGGUUAUGUGCCGAAAGCUCUUGGGAUUUCAUCUUCAUCACAAAAUGUGCCUCUGCAAGAUCUUAUCUUCUUCUCCAUCGUGGCCAAUGUUUCCAUCACUGCGAUGAACUUGAGCCUCAUGCUCAACACAGUUGGCUUUUAUCAGAUUGCAAAAUUAAGCAUAGCUCCUGUUGUAUGCGUUAUGGAAAUGAUUUUCCGUGACAAGCACUUCUCUAGAGAAGUGAAGAUGUCUGUGGUGAUUGUUGUCUUAGGUGUUGGUAUUUGCACAGUCACAGAUGUCAGAGUGAAUGCUCAGGGGUUCAUCUGUGCUUGUGUUGCAGUCGCCGCAACAGCCUGGCAGCAAAUUAGAAUUGAAUAUUUUCAAGAGAAGUACUCAAUAAGUUCAUUUGAACUACUGAGUAAGACGGCUCCCAUACAGGCUAUUUCUCUUCUGAUAUUUGGGCCUUUCAGUGAUUACUACCUUAAUCAUGCGAACCUUCUCAAUUAUAAGGCCUCCGUCGGUGCAGUACUCUUCAUUCUGUUAUCAUGCACUCUUGCCGUUUUCUGCAAUGUGAGCCAGUACAUGUGCAUUGGACGCUUUUCUGCAGUCUCCUUCCAGGUGUUGGGGCACAUGAAAACUGUCUGUGUGCUCAUACUUGGUUGGGUGCUGUUUGAUUCACAACUAACCUUCAAAAAUAUAUUGGGGAUGGCUAUGGCCGUCAUUGGUAUGGUUCUGUACAGUUGGGCGAGGCAUUUGGAGAAACAGGUGAAGGAGUCCGUAACUAAAACGAGUAUGACCGAGGAGGAAAUCCGUCUGUUGAUGGAAAGCAUGGAGAGCGGACCGCUGAAAGAUGUUGAACUUGCACAACCCAAAGUUCAGCCAUAGUAAGCAAGGAGUCUACAAUUACUAGAUAAGUUCUUAUAAAUUCUUCUUUUGUUCUUUUUUAUUUACAAUGAUGUAAAAUACUUUCUAUUUAUUUGUUUUCGCUUUAGCCAGCAUAUGUUUUCAUAAAUUGUAUUCAUUGUCUGAA